AUGCUGAUCGCUAGCCUGCUCGGAUCGCCCAGCUCGCCCGGUACGCUCAUUCUAGACCGGCAACCUGAAGCAAGCUCGAGCCGGUAUCCAACAUUCGGAUCUGGCGGUUCAUCUCAGCCCACCCGAGGUAGGCAUGUCGGAGAUGAUGGGGACGAGCUGGUCUGGAGCGGGCGGCGCGUCAUAUGGAGUCGGGGCGUGCAGGUACAUCGGCAGUACUCAUUCGAAAGGGAAGAGGAGGACGUUGCCUAUGCGUUAUUUGCGCAUUUCCCCUCCCAGGCUACACCGGCGGGAAAGGGCAAGGACGUCGACCUUCGGCUGUCCGACACUUUCGGCCCUUUCCAUACCUCGCAUACGGCAAAGUGGGGCUCUCCGCAACCUUUCACUUCCACCUCAUCAGGAAAAGGCAGCGGGCCUGCCCUCGUCGUCUUUUUGCAGACUCGGGCGCAUAUCUACUUUCCUUCCGGCGAAGACAUGAGCGUGCACCUGCCAUACGUCGUCGAGCGGGCGUGGGCACCCCCACUCCCACAAGGAGGGGUCAUGGUUCAGCGGAUAUUGGACAGGCGGGAACGGCGUCGGCUGGGAAAGUCCAAGAGCGUCCUCUGGGGGAUCGAUCACAAGGCUGGAGGUGGAGGCGCCAUGUCUGCGCUGGACGAGCUGGCGGACAUGGAGGAUGACAAGCCGCGCCAGCCGCGGCUGAGCGUCCUCAUGGGGCCGCUGGAGGAGCUCAAGGCGGUCGUAGAAGGGACAGUGGGUCUCGAGGGGGACGGCUACAGAUUGCUGUAUGCGGACGAUAUCGACUCGGAUCGGUCGGUGCUCUUUUCGGCGGCGGACCCGGCUAUCGUCAUUCUGCACAGUCGCAAAACGGGGCAACUCAUCUUCACUCGCAGAGUCGCGGUAGCUAUCUCCUCGAUACCGGAGCCUGCCCCUCCUCCCUCUCUGACACCACGGACAAUGCGGCCGUCGGACAUUCUCGCUCCCGAACCUGCUCCAGCCCGACCCCGCCCAUCCCUUCGCCGCAAUCCCUCCUCCUUUGCAAAUGAACACCGCCGCACAUCCGGCCUCGCGGACCCUCUUGACCGAGCGACACGCCGCGCUCCUCGGCUCUCCCGAGCCAUUGAAGCCCACGCCGGUCCUGGCGAAUUACAGCGGACGCUCGACCCCCAAGCACCGGCCUUGCCGUCUACUAUCAGCAAAGGCAAGAUGAAGGCGCGUGUUGCCUCAUCUGCCGAGGAGAAGCGGCGCGAGUCAGGCGCGAGCGUUGUCAUGCGCGAAGAUGUGGACAUGGGCGUCCGGACGGCUCUGCAUCGAGCGGAUGAGUGGGAUUUGAGGGAGACGACAAUGUUGAUGGGCCUGGACAGGGAGGAAAGUGUUCGGAGUGAGGUGGUACUGGACAGAAUAUGGGCUUGGACGCCGCCAGACGAGGCAUCCAUCUUCAUCACCGACAAUCUUUCCCCUUCUUCCGUCGUUAGCAUACCGCUCACUCUUCCCAAUUCGGCGGAAGGGGACGAUGUAGCUCGAAAGUUAGCAUCAAGCCUGCAUGUGCGGCUGGACCCUGGUGAGGGCAUUGAAGCGGUGGAUCCUGCUCCGGGGGUAGUGCGGCUAGAAGAAGGGGAGAAGGGGAACUUUGUGGCGGUGAUGAAAAACGGGGACAAGAUGCGGUGGUCUGCGGACUUCACGCCCAAGGAGGGACUGGCGAGGAAGGCUAUGGAGGCGCUAAGCUAUGCCUGGCCCGCAGACGCUUUCUUUGCGCUGAAGAGGGAGAUAUUGGCGAGCGGAGUGGCAGACGGGGAUGGAUGGGCUGUCUUCAACCGAACACUCCGGAGGUGCUUUGGACUGGCUGAGGAACGCGUAGCGUCAACGGCGUCUGACAAGAUCGUUCAACAAAGCACGAACUCGUCGGAUCCGCUCAUCGCCCGCCUCGCUGCUCGUCAUCGGUCUCGAGCAGCAUCUCGGGCUCAUCCGGGAACCGAAAGCGUGCAAGGCGACCCUACUCUCGAUCCUGCGCUUAUUCCGAGUGCACUGAUGGCGCUUCACCUGGUCGGUCAGGACUAUCGACUCGGUCUGGGAAGCCAGUCGAAUCUCAAGAGGGUAGCAGAGGUGGUGCUGGCUUUGGCGGUGGCAGUGGGAAGGACGGAUUGGUGGGAUUAUUGGAUGCGGAUCGCUCCGUCAAACACGGCAAGGCUAAGCGACAAACGUAUGUCCAUUGUGACAAACCGGAUGAUUGUAGCUGAUCCGGCAGGUUAUGCGGUCGACACCUCUCUUCUGGACAUUUAUGACCAGCCGCCCGAUAUCCUAUCGUAUCUCACUCGCCGACUAUCGAGGCCCCUCAAAUCGUUCUCAUCCCCUUCGACCUCAUUCUCCAAUACAUCCGAGUAUGGCCAUCCCCAACCCUGCGUCCAGACCCAACUCAUCUGCGAGAUCUUCGACCGCCUCGGUCGCCCCUCCCACUCUCAACCCGGUACAGACACCGUAAAUCGAGCUUACGCGACGGUGCAGUUCAUGGUUGAGCGCCAGCUUGGUGUGGAGUGGUUGGCGGAUCGACCGGCGUGUAUAGCGCUGCCGAUUCUGGAGAUGAUGAAGCUGUGUCAGGCGGUGCCGAGGCGAGAUAUGGCAGGGGGAGUGUAUGAGUUGAUAGGGAUGGUGGAUUUAGAGCUACAGAGGAGUGGCGGAGCGGAUCUUCCAGAUCAACCUGAACAUGAUAAUUUGGAGGGCAUGCCAAGCGUCGGCGAUCUCAUGCGCGGAACGGUCCAGCGGGUACAGCAGCUCGGUCUCCCUCACGUCCGUUUCGGGGCCGACCGGCGACUUCGCGAGGUCGAGCGUAUCAUGCAGGCGAGCCGCAUCCGUACUAUCGCCCUCGAGAACAAGAAUGGCUCGGAUGCCGAGGUGGGACAAUACCAGCAGUCCAUGGUCAACACCAUCGCUCAACGUACGCUCGCUGUCCUCGUCGGCCAGGGCAUAUUCGAGUACGGGACUCGCAAUACGGCCAUAACGGGUCUGUGGGAGAUCCCACUCAUCGAACUCUCUGUCAAGCUCUCGCCGAGCAAUACCCUCCUCAAAGCUCAGAUCCACGGGGAACAUGUCGAUUGGCCAUGCUUCCACAAUGGCGUAUCGGCAGGUCUAUCCAUCUCGGCCGACUGCAAAGGCAUCGACAGUGCCUGGAUUGUGCUGAACAAGCCGAAUCCCCUCAAUCCGGAGCAUGGCGGGCUCCUCCUCGGUCUCGGCCUCACAGGUCACCUGCGCAAGCUCAAGACGUACCAUGCCUUCCCGUACAUGGAGGCUCGGCACGACUUUACAUCCGUCGGUCUCCUACUCGGCCUGGCGGGGUCAUACGCCGGCAGCGAGGACAUCUUGAUCACGAAAACGCUCAGUCUACACACCCACGCCCUACUACCCCUUGGCUCGAUGCCGCUCAACGCCUCGCCGAUCGUCCAGUCCUCGGCGCUCGUCGGCCUCGGACUUGUCUACGCUGGCAGCAAGAACCUCCGUAUGGCCGAAGUCACGCUCGGAGAGGUCGGGCGGAAGGAGAUGGGCGGGAUCGACAACUUUAGCGAGUAUCAGGAGGCGUACUCGUUCUCCGCUGCGGCUGCUUUCGGGCUCAUCAUGCUCGGACGAGGCGGGCAGGCGGCGUCUGAAGUGGACAGGCGGAUGCUGGGGAGGCUGCGGCGGUGUAUUCAUGGGGACGGCCCGGACCUGCGCAAGGGUCUGGUACCCAUCGACACGACCAUCACCGGGGCUGGAGCCACGCUGGCUCUGGGGCUCAUGUACCUCAAGAGCAAUCGGACGGACAUACGCGAUAUCCUCGAGAUACCCCAAAGCAUCCAUGCUCUCGACCUCAUGCGUCCCGACCUACUCCUCAUGCGGACCUUUGCAAGGGGGUUGAUCAUGUGGGACUCGAUCAACGCUGGGAUGAGCUGGAUCGAGGAGCAGCUCCCGUCCUUUAUCCUCUCGCAGGUCAAGGGGCACAAGCGCGUCGGCGGUCUCGAGCUCGCCACGGAUUUGGCGUAUAUCAAUAUCGUCGCCGGCGCGUGCCUUGCCAUCGGGCUCAAGUUUGCCGGGACAGCAUCCGAAAUGGCACACAACAAUCUCAUGCUCCUCUUCCACGUCCUCAGUCGGUCGGCGGGAUCCGGGGGCAUGGCGUACGAAGCUAAGAUCCGGCGGUCAGCGGCCCGGCAAGCGCUCAACGUGGUGACCAUCGCGAUAUGCUGCGUCAUGUCCGGUACCGGGGAGCUGCAGGUCCUGCGUCGACUGCGGAUCUCGCACGGCCAAGAAGGCGUCGGCGUGACGUACGGUACGCACAUGGCCAUGCACAUGUCGGUCGGGCUCCUCUUCCUCGGGCGGGGCCAGUACACGCUCGGUACCAGCAACCUCGCUAUUGCCGCCAUGAGCAUCGCCUUCUUCCCGCGUUUCAUGCAUACUCCAGACGACAACCGUGCGUACCCACAGGCGUUCCGCCAUCUCUGGGCACUAGCGGCGGAGCCUCGAUGUCUUAUGGCCAGGGAUGUCGACUCGGGAGAGACGGUAUAUCUCCCGAUCAAGGUCAAGCUCAGGGAGGGCGAUACUAUCCGGAGCCAGAACCUCAUCUCCCCUACCCUCAUCGCCCCCUUCGAGAGCCUUGUAUCUAUCGAGGUGGAUUCUCCGCGAUACUGGCCUAUCGUCUAUGACUUUACGGAUCCUCUUCACCGUGCGGCCCUGGUUCGGACGCGUACCAUCCACGUCAAGCGACGCGCGGGACACCAGGACUACAACUCGGAUCCCAAGGGCAAUCGGUCAAUCUUCAUCCGUGCUGGAGGAGUCACCGGCUUCGACCUACACUAUGACCUCAUCUCGCCCGCGUCUCCACCUUCUAUACCCCCGGCGGAAACGCUCGAGCUGGUCAAGCAGCACUCGCCUACGUCCUACCACGGAGUGCUAGCCGGCCUGAUGAAUGGGGAUACGCCUUACGAGCGCUUCAUCCGUACCGUCCUGCUCGAGUGCGUCACGCUGGACAAGCCGCUUGUCCUCGGCGUGUAUAUGGGCUUGAUGGCUGGCGACCGAGGUGCAGAGGGGAUGAGGCAUGUUGAGAUGCUCAAGCAUUACUAUGCAAAAGUGUGGGAUGCGGGCGGUACGCCCGGCGGAGGCGAGCGACGGAUUGCACUACUCAGACCGGCAUUCCUUGCUGCGCUGGCGAGGCAGGGCGGGGAGGUGGAUGAAGAGGCGGAGAGGGCGUAUUGGGUGGAACAGAGCUGGGGGGAGAAAGCGGAGCAGGUGGCUGGUUGGAUCGUCAGUGAGCAUGUGCCGAGCCUGCCGCUGCUCAAGGCGGUCAAGGAGAAGGUCAGGGCGGAAGGGAGUGCAGGCGCGGAUCAAGGCGUUUUGGCCGUGAAAGCCAGGGAGGUAGCGAAGGUGUACGAGGCGAAUCUUGGCAGGGUAUGGGAUCUGGCGGAUGAUGGAAAGCCAGCAGGACGCGAAGGGGGAGGGUGGAAAGCGGAGAGCGUGGGGAGGGCGGUAUCUGCCUGGCUUGCUUGA